GUGUGUGCAAUCUUUUGCUCUGAUACAUUCGUAAUAAAAAGUGAAUACAAUUCCUGUCUUCCAUGUCAGGUUAUGAAAUCAUUAGAACCAUAGAUGAAUGGCCUUGAAGUUCGUCUCUUUCAUGUCGUUUCUGUAAUCAACUUCGAUAUCAUUUUAUAGAUAAGACCAUACUUCCUAAAUAAAAUCCCAAGAUGGCGAAUACAGUACCAAAAGACACCGAAUUAGAUGCAUGGAAAGCUACACCAAACAAAGAUGCAUCUGUUCAUGACGAACAACAGCAUCAACAUCAACGCGAAGAACCAUCCACCACAAUAAAAACAGUACAAAACAUUGCCCUGGCAGAUGCGACAGCAAAACAAAAGCCGAGUCUCUGGACGUGGAGAAUGGGUCAACUCUGCAUUAUUCUUUUUCUAGCCACGCUAAACGCGGCAGUUAAUGGAUACGAUGGGAGUGUAAUGAGCUCGAUCAAUUCUUAUGCGCAGUAUAGGAGUUACUUUGGAUUUGACCUCACAGAAGGCACGCCGGCGACGGGAAUUGUUUAUGCGAUGUUUACGAUUGGGAAUUUGGUUGGGGCGGGGUUUGCGGGACCAGCUGCUGAUUGGAAAGGAAGACGAUGGGGAAUGUUCUUAGGAGCGGGAGUUAUUAUCAUAGGAGCGAUUGUGCAGGCUACGAGUCAGAAUUUGGCAGCCUUUAUGAUUGGAAGGUUCAUGCUUGGUGUUGGCGCGGCAAUGGGUCCCAGUUCUGCUUUACCCUAUGUAAGCGAAAUGGCGCAUCCAUCCUUUCGAGGCUCAAUGACGGGUGUUUAUACUACGUUUUAUUUUGUGGGCGCUAUACCCGGGACGUUUAUACCCUAUGCUACGAGCUACAUCGAUGGAUCUCCUGCUUGGCGAAUCCCGUUGUGGUUACAAAUGACGUUUUCGGGGAUUGUAUUUAUCUCGGUGCUGUUUCUACCAGAGAGUCCAAGAUGGCUGGUAGCAAAUGAUCGACAUGAAGAAGCACUUAACAUCAUGGCAAAAUAUCACGGUGAAGGUGACCGCAGUUCUCCAUUAGUGCAACUUGAACUCCGCGAAAUGAUGGAGGAGAUCUCGAAAACGGGUGCUGAUAAACGAUGGUGGGAUUUCAGAGAAUUGUUUGAUUCGAAGGAAGUUCGAUAUCGUACUAUGCUGACUUGUGCUAUUGCUCUGUUUGGUCAAUGGACUGGCAAUGGUCCCGUCAGUUACUACUAUCCACAAAUGCUAGCAGGUGCAGGAAUAGAGAACAAUCAUACCCAAUUACUUCUCCAAGGCAUGCAAUCGGUCCUCUCAUUCAUCGGUGCCCUCUUAGGAGCAGCUUACACUGAUCACUGGGGUCGACGUCCUCAACUCCUCAUCUCCACCUCACUCAUUUCUCUGCUUUUUCUCAUUAUCCUAAUUCUCAACGCUCUAAAUACAACUACCGAUCCCGAAACUCAUCUCACGGUCGCAAAAUCAGCAGCAGCAUCUAACGCCGAAAUCGCCAUGAUAUUUCUCUUCUCGUUCGUGUUUGCCGUAGGCUGGACGCCAAUGCAAGGACUUUAUGCUGUGGAAGUACUGAGAUACGAGAGUCGAGCGAAGGGAAUGGCGGUUUAUACUUUGGUGGGAAACGUGGCGGGGUUUUAUAAUACUUUUGUGACGGGGAUUGCAUUUAGUGGGGCAGGAUGGAGGUACUAUUAUUUGUUUGUAUUUUGGGAUUUACUCGAAGUGGCUUUCAUAUACUUCUUUUUUGUAGAGACCAAAGGCAGAACUCUCGAAGAAUUAACCGAAAUCUUUAACGCUGUCAACCCAGUCAAAUACUCAUUGAAGAAAUCCGAAGUCGUGAUUCAUGGCGGUGAAGGGGUAACUGAGGUGCUGGAGAAGGAAUUGGGGAAGGAGAGUUUGGGCUGAGGUGGAGAUGAAGAUGGAUGAAGAUGUCGACAUUGGAUGUUGUUUGCGAUGUCUGGAGACUCGGCGAUUGGUUUUUUGGGUUUGAAUAGUAGUUUCAGAGAGAAGUGUGAAAUGUUUUUGUAAUUUGAUUUUGCAUCGCUUUUUAAUAGUAACGUAGCAUAGAUUAAUGACCAUUUGGAUGAAAUAGAUGAUAAACA